CGCCGGAACGUAUCGGAAUUUAUAUCAUCAUCCGCAGUUUUAAAUCGGUGUCGUCCGAAAAAAACGUAUGAUUUAAUAAUUUACUCGCUGAAACUCAAUUUGCAGCUGUCUCUAUUCUAAUUCAUUCGAGACACAGUUCCCAACGAAUCGCGAUAAUGAAUCCUUCAACGAGUGGUUGUUCGAGUUCCAGUAAACGUCAUCAUCCCUACGGCCGAAGUUUGGGACCGCAAGCCAUGCCUGCAUUGUCACCGUCUACUUCUAACCGUGUUCAAAACAAUAGCAAUAAGCUUAAUGAUGAAUCCAAAGCAGUAAUCGAUGAGGGCAAGAAGCUUUUGGUUGGAAGUGUCAAACAAGUGGCACGUUGGUGCCAAUUGUUAUCGUUUUUGGAACCGACUAAAAUUAUUUACCAAGUAUUCGGAAUUAUGGAUUCUGUAAUAACUGGCAGUAAUAAAUGCGAAAAGAUAUUUUGCUUACGUAGUGAACAUAAAAAAUCGGGAAUAGUAUGUGUAUUUUAUGAAAUAGACAGAAAAAUUCCUAAUAUAUCUAAGGGAACAUUAGUUUUGUGCACUGGUCAUGCUAAAGGAAAAAAUAAAUUGCAAGUAUUUACUAUUCGAGAAUUACAUGAAGACAAAAAUUCAUUUGACAGAAUAUCAUUAGUUAGCCAUUGGACAAUUAAUGACAUUUUAAUAAGCAAGAUGUAAUAUUUUUUUAAGAAGUUUCAAUUGUUAAGUAAUUUUCAUUUUUUGAUGCUAUAGAAAAAGAAUUUGAUUUAUUUAAACUAAU